AUGUUUUUUUUUAAAAAUGUUCAAAGAUAUUGUUUUUAUAGAAGAAUAUAUGAAAAUAUACAAAUCAUAAGGGCAUUACAAAUAAAAGAAAAAGCAAAAAAUAAUGUAACGAAAAGAAGAGAGGAGUGGUGGGAUAAUAAUGUAAAUAAAAAUGAUAGAAAUAUGUGUAGGUCAAAGAAUUAUUUGUCGGGAUGUACUACUAGGGAUGACAAUAUGAAGGAUGAUAAUAUGAAGGAUGGUAAUAUGAAAGAUGAUAAUAUGAAGGAUAAUAAUAUGAAGGGUAGAAAUACAAAAUGUGAUAAUAUAAAAGAUAAUAAUAUGAAGGGUAGAAAUACAAAAUGUGAUAAUAUAAAAGAUAAUAAUAUGAAGGGUAGAAAUACAAAAUGUGAUAAUAUAAAAGAUAAUAAUAACGAUAAUAAUAGUAUUAAUAAUAAUAGCAUUAAUAAUAAUAGUAUUAAUAAUAAUAGCAUUAAUAAUAAUAGUAUUAAUAAUAAUAGUAUUAAUAAUAAUAGUAUUAAUAAUAAUAGUAUUAAUAAUAAUAAUAUUAAGGAUAAAGAUGAAAAACAUUUCUAUAAAAACAUCUUUUCCGAGUUAAAAAAAGUAAAUGACAAAUGUACAAAGAAAUAUGUGCCUGUAGAUGAAAAAAAUAUAAAAUCUGUAACUAAUGAAGAUCAUUUAUCAAAGAAAAAUAUCCUAGAAAAUGAAAAAAAGGAUGCACACUUUUCCUUUACACAUGAUGAGGGAAAUAAUAAAGAAGAAAUUAAAAAUGACAAUAUACGGAUUAUUCCACAAAGUAUUCCAUCAAAUGAUGUGUAUAAUAUAUCGAAACAGAAAAAAGGACAAUGUAAAAAUAAUGAAACAAAAGAAAAAUAUUUAAAAGAAAAAAAUAAAUAUUUAGUAAGAAAGGAUAUUUACUUAAAAGUUAAAAAUGAGCAUAUUAAUAAUAAAGAGUUGUUACGAAAAAAAGAAAUAUAUUCUAAAAGAGAUAUGAAUAAAAAUAAUAAAUCAAAAAUGAAAAAAAUAAUAAAAGAAAAGAAUGAAGAGAUAUUUAUUAAAAAGAAUGAUAAGGAUAAAAUAUCUCAACUGGAUAUAAUAAAUAAAAAUAAGGGAACAAAAAAUAUGGAUAAUAGAAAAAACUAUUUAAUAGUAAAAAAUGGUAAUAUUAGUAGUAAUAAUAAAAUGGAUUAUUUAUUAAGUAAUAAUAAUAAUAAUAAUAAUAAUAAUAAUAAAAAUAAUAACAAAGUUCUUUUCAAUAAUGGAAAAAAAAUUAAUAAUAUUGAAGGAGAACAAAAAGAUGAUAUUAAUAAUUCCCAAACGCAUAAUUAUAAAAAUAAAGAUGUAUCAAAUAAAAUUAUAAUUUCAUCACAAAAUAGUUUUUUACCAAAUGUAGAAAAGAAUAAUAUUUUUGUUGAAUAUGAAACUCACUGGGAUAAUGAUAAAAUAAAAGAAAUGUUAGAACUUCAAAAGGAUACAAAGAUAUUGAAAAAUUAUUUAUUUAAAGGGGUACUAUAUAUUUCACCCUUUGAUACAAAUAAAUGCUUUGUUAUUAGUAAAGAAACAAAUGGGUUAAUGAAAUGUAAACUUUAUUCUGUGUAUGGUUAUAUAAGUAGGAAUAGAGCCUUAAAUGAUGAUGUAGUAUAUGCAUAUACAGAAAGAAGAACUAUCAAAAAUGAAAAUGUUUCAAAUAUGGAAAUUAAUAUAGAAGUGGAAAAAGACAAAUAUGAAAGCAGAGACAACAUAGAGCAUGUAAAAAAUCAAUACAAUGAAAAAGAAGACAAUAAUAAUGAAAAAAAUGAAGAAAUCGAAAAAGGUAAAUUUUGUAGAGUUGUCAAAAUUGUUGAAAGGAAAAAUGUGGAGGUGGUCGGUUCUUUAAAUUAUUUAAAUAUAAAGGAAAAAAUAAAUAAUAUUUUUGGAAAGAAAAGUAAAUUUAAUAAAAAUAAAAAAAAAAAUGAAAAUUGCUAUAUAGAAUUGGAUGAUAAUAAUAUAGGAAAUAAUAUGGUUGAUGAUGUUUUUAAAUAUAACAAUCAUGAUGAUAUAAAUAAUAAUAAUAAUAAUAAUAAUAAUAUAUUACAUUCAUCCAAUAUAUUCCACCUUUUGAAUGAAAAAAAUAAUUAUGUUUAUGCAAAAGUACAACCAACAGAUUCUAGGUUACCUUGUUUUAUUUAUGACUCUUCUAAUAAUAUUACAAACAUGUUAUUAAAUUAUAUAAGAAGAGAAAAAUUAAAUGUAUAUGUUAUUGUAAAAUUUAAAGAAUGGGAAAAAAAACAAAUAAAUCCUAUAGGAAAUAUAACUACCAUUUUAGGUAAUGAAAAUAAUUUUUUUGGUAUCAUAUAUUUAUUUUUAUACUUAUAUAAAAUUCAUUAUUAUAUUUAUAAAAUAACAGAUAUGAAUUAUUUAAAAUCUCAAAUUGUAAUCAGUGAUAAAAUUAUGAACUCUUUUAUUAAUCGUAAAAACCAUAUGGAACAAUUAUUAUUAUUAUUAAAUGGAUAUAACAAAGAAAAAGAAUAUUCCAUCCAAGAAAUAAAUAAAAAAAUUGCUUAUUUAAAAAAUGCACAAAAAGAGAAAAAAAUGUUAGAAAAAUAUAUGUUGAAAAGCUUUUUAUCGAAUAGGUAUAUAAUUACAGACCUUGAUAUAUUUACUAUAGAUCCAACAAAAGCUAAAGAUUUGGAUGAUGCUUUAUCUAUAGAAUUUAUAAAGGAUAAUAAAGAACAACACGAAUUAAAAUACAGAUACAAAAUAGGAAUACAUAUAUCAGAUGUGUCCUUUUUUGUUACACCUAAUUCGUAUUAUGAUAAUCUAGCUUCAAAAAUAUGCAACACUGUAUAUAUGGAUUUUACGGUCUUUCAUAUGCUUCCCUCAAUUUUAAGCGAAGAAAUAUGCUCAUUAAACACGAAAGGAGAAAAGCUAGCUUUUUCAAUAUUUUUCUACGUAGAUAAUAUAAGUAACCCAUAUAAUAUCACACAAAUGGAAUAUGCUGGUUAUGAGAAGAACCCACAUCUUAUAGAAAUUAAAAAAACAUUGAUUAGAAGUAAAUAUAAAUUAAAUUAUGAUAUGGUUGAAGAUUAUAUAGAAGAUAUAUAUAUAAAUAUAAAGGAAAAGGAUAAAGAUAUUAACAGUAUUGAAGAGAUGAUAUUAAUUAAUGGGAAUAUAUCAUUAAGUUAUUUUAUAUUUAAUUUUGAUGAUAUAUGUAAAAAGUAUAAUAUAUCUGAAAAAAUUGGUGGUGAUAUAUUCAGAUUAUAUUUAUUAUCAAAAAUGUUGAAACAAAAAACAAAGAGGAAAAAUAUAUAUCAAAAAUAUUCCUUAUUAUUUUCUUUAAAUAAUAAUAAAAAGAAUAACUCGGAAAAAAUACUUCCAUUAAGUAUAGAACCAUUAAGUAAUAAAUAUCUAUCAAAAGUAAGAAAUAUUGAUGAUAUAAAUAAUAAGAAUAAUAUGUAUAAAAGUUUUAAUCAAUUUUUAAUAGAUGAAGGUUAUUAUAAAUUAUUAGAACCUAUGAAUUUAAAAAACGUGGAUAUUGAAAUAUUAGAAUAUAAAAAGAGGAGUCAUAUGUUAAUUGAAGAAAUGAUGAUACUUACUAAUUUUUUAGUAGCAAAUGUUAUAUCUAUUAAUAAUAUGUUAGGUAUAUUAAGAAUACAUGAAGAUACAUCUGAAGACAUUAAAAAAAAUUUAUUAAAAAUAAUAGAUUAUCAAACAUAUAAUAAAAUUAAUACAAUGAUAAAUAUCAAAAAUAAUAAUAUUAAUGAUAUUUUAUCAGUUAGUCAAAAAGUAUUGAACGAAAAUCAGUUCUUAUGUUUACAAUAUAAUUUAUUAAAAUAUUAUAAAGAAGCUAUAUAUAUACCAACCGUAGAAGGACAAAAUAACACAACCCAUUUUGGACUCGUUCUCAACAAAUAUAUUCAUUUUACCUCACCUAUAAGAAGAUAUAUUGAUAUAGUAAUUCACCGAAUUUUACAAAGUUUAAUUGAUCAAGAUAAUAUUGGGUAUUACAAUUAUGAUAUGUUAAAAAAUAUAUGUGACCAGUGUAAUUAUCAAAAGAAAAAAUCAGACGAGGCACAAAUUCAUAUGAAAAAUUAUUUCUUAAAUAAAUAUUUAAUAUAUUUGAAUGAUAUAUAUAAAAAAGUAAUACAAAACCAUCGUAUGAAUGGUUAUUAUAGUGUGCACGGAAAUAAUGAAAAUAAUAUUGAUGAGAAUAAUGAUAAGAUAAAUAAUAUUGAUGAGAAGAAUGAUAAGAUAAAUAAUAUUGAUGAGAAGAAUAAUAAGAUAAAUAAUAUUGAUGAGAAGAAUAAUCAAUUAAGUAAUAAUUAUAUCCAUUUGGAGGAUGAAAAUAAAAAGUUAUAUAAUCCUUCAAAUAAAAACGUACAAAGAACAGAUCACAUAAGUUUAUCAACUUAUAAAGAAAUUUUAUAUAUGUCCAACUAUAUGCCUAUUAAAAAAUAUUUUUAUUUAAACAAUGGUAUUAUAAGUUUUUUAACAGAAGCAUAUAUCCAAGAAAUAAUUAUUACGAAAAGUAUAAGAGAAAAUAUAUGUAUAAAUAUAGUAAAAGAAAAUUAUAUUUCUAUUAAUGAAAAUUAUAGUAAUGAAAUAAUUCCAUAUACUUGUUAUAUUUGUAAUGAUUUUCCCCAUAAAGAUAUAGAAAAAGAUUAUAUUCGUAAUGAUAAUUUAAAUAAUGACAAUUCAUUAUUUAAUUCUCAAAUGGAUAAUAAUGAAAAUGAAACUAAUGUAGAAACAUUAUUUAAAAAAUCUAUAAAUGAAAAUAAUAAAUUAAAAAAUGCUAUUGUAUUUUAUGUACCAAUAUUGGAAAUAGAGAAAUCUAUAAGUGAUAAUUUAUUAAGCCUAAAAUUUCACUUUUUAAUUAUUUCUUAUAAGGAGAAAAUAUAUAUUUACAAUAUACUAAAAGGUGUAUUAUAUGAAAUGUGUAGUAAUAUUUUAUUAGGUAGAAAUGAAAAAAAUAAUAAUGAUAUAUAUGAUGAUGACAUUAAUUUAGAAGAUGAAUAUAAAAAAAAUAAACAAUUGUAUGAUAUUUUUGAAAAGAUUAAACAUAUUCAAUUGGAUAUAAAAUAUAAAAUGGAAAGUGUUGAAAAUAAAAAAGAUUUUCAAAAUGUAUAUGAUGGUUUAUAUAUUCAUGAUGUACUUAUUGAAAAAAAUAAAAAUGAAAAAGGCGAGGAAAAUAAAUCGAAUAUAUUGACAUAUAAAAAAAAUACUACCAUUAAUAACAUAUCAAAUGAACAAAAUUAUAUAAAUAAUGUGGGAAAGGAUGAAAGUGAAUAUUUAAAAUGUUUAAAUGAUAAAAAAUUAGAAUAUAAAUAUUAUAAUAGUUAUGAAAAAUUAAGUAGAUUUCAAAAAAAUAAAGUUUUUAUAAUACCGGGAAGUCAAAUGUGGACCUUACGUCUAAUUUGA